AUGAGUUCUUCUUCUUCUUCAUCGGAUAAAGUUGGCUCCAACGAGGACCUGUUGUUACAAAUUCUACUGCGUUUGCCUAUAAAGUCUCUUCUGCGAUUCAAGUCAGUCUCCAAACAAUGGCUAUCUCUCAUCUCAGAUCCGCGUUUUGCCCGCCGCUGGCGACCCACAUCAUCACCACCUUCGGGCUUGUUUUACCACUGGUUUUCAACCGCAUAUGUAUGUGAUCUCCCACAUAUUGAUUUCAUCCCUUUAGACAACAACAAUAUUAACAUGAUGAAUUUUUCUUCUUCUUCUUCUUCUACUACAACGACAUAUCCUCCAAAUCUCGAAUUCUUCCCUUAUCUAUAUGACAUCACUUUCAUGAAUUCCAACAACGGUCUCAUUUGCUGUGUAGUUCACAGAAGAUUAAACCCAAGAGCUUCCUAUUAUCAUGUCAUAAAUCCAUCCACAAGACAAUUCACUACUCUGCCUCAACCAUCUCUAUCUAAUCUUCAUCUCGAUGGAUUGACGAUGGCUUUUGAUCCUUCCAAAUCGCCUCACUAUAAAUUGGUCAGCGUCCGUAGUAAAAUCGACGAGGAAUAUUGCUCAGCUCCUCCUACCCAUUAUCAACUCGAGAUCUACUCAUCGGAAACACGAUCAUGGAACGCCUCAAUUGUUACAAUCACCGUGCCCAAGAGACACAUUAUCAGUUUCCACCGGGGUGUCAACUGGAAUGGCGCGAUAGUGUGGUUCGCCGUCUCCGGGGAAUCUCUCUUCUUCCAGGUGGACGAAGAGCGAAUCGGUACCAUCCCGGAACUAACAUUUGAGGAGGGAUUCUGGUACAACAGGGUGUUCUGCGUGGGGGAAUCAAACGGGCAUCUAUAUCUGGUCGAAACUUACAAGGCAACAACGAAGGUAAAAGUGUAUGAGAUGGAAAGUGAUUUCUCGUCAGGAUGGGUGAUGAAAUACAAUAUCGAUCUUUUUGAGGUGGGAAAGGCGUUCCCUCUGAUGUUGAAGAGGUUGCCGGGAAGGACUAAUUCGCCUUACACAUUCGAUGUUAUCUCUCUGGUGUGGAGGGAUGAGAAGUUAAUUAGCAAGACGACGACGUCGCCGGCGCCGUUUCUGGUGGUGAGUAUACCGGGGAAGAUGAUAAGGUUCAAUCUUGAGGAGGAAGAGAGUUUCAUGGAGAUAUGUGAUGUUGAUAUCAAGUAUUAUGAACGAGAUGAGCGAUCUCAUCACUACAUUGAAUCUCUUUUUACUACUUCCCCAUGA